ACGUGUGUUUACCUGGAAUGACAACAAGGAUCUCUUGCUGCUUAAGGAAAUAACUGCUGAGGGUGUCCUGCAGCAUAAAUCAAAGUCGAGGGAGAGGGGAGCAUGUUGGCUUGUGGCAAAUAAUUUAGGGAACAACUUCCCAAAUGUCGAGGUCACAUCACGUGCUGUGCGAGACAGAUACAGAAUGCUUGAGAGGAGGCAUAAGAGUAAAAUGGCAGAAGAAGAGAGAGCGACUGGGAUAAGUGGGGAGGAAUUAACAGAAGGAGAUGCAUUAUUGGAGGAGCUGACUGAGGUGAAUGAGGAGACAGAAUGAAGAGUAGAAGAAAAUAACAUCCAGAAGAAAGCAACUGUGGAAAAGGAAAGAGGUCAGGCAUUGGAGAUGAGGCAAAGAGCGAUGGAACGGAUUGGUGAAACAAGACAACAACAACUUUAUUGUACUUCAAAGUAUUACAAUCUUACAUAUAUUGAAAAAAAAGACAAAUACAUAAACAAUUGGAGAAGUACAUGUCACCUGUAAUAACCAUUAAUAAAGCGACAACUGCAUGGAAAUGAUGAUAAUGAGAAAAAGAGGAGAAAGUCAGGAGAGACAUUUGAAUGGUUACGGGAAAAGGCAGAAUUCGACAAAACAAUGAAAGAAGAGGAAUUAAAAGAAAGAGGAGAGGAGCGGGUCAGUCAAAGGGAAGAGAAAAUGAUGUUUGUGCAACAAAUGCAGUUGAUGCAAGAAAACAAUAAUACACAGGUCAGCCAAAUCAUGCAACAACAAGAUUACCAGCAACAGCAACAACAAUUCUCAAUGACGCAACAACAGAUGCUGGCCAUCAUCCAACAACAACAACAAACACAAGUACUUGUAAAUCUCUUUAAAAAUAACCAAUCCAAUAAUUAG